UUUAAAUUUUCAUUUUCUUAGAUAUAUAGGUAUGGGAAUAUAAUGAUCAUAUACAUAAGUCAUUAUAUAGAUAGGCAUCUCCAUUAGCCAGUAACCACGUCAGUCGGCAAGUAGUUUGAAUCUUUUAAAGGAGAUGAUACAAGUUUUGCCUAAUACUUUAAAUUUGAAAAAUGGAGGUCCCAUAUAAAAAGAUAUUUAUUUAUGUUUUAACUUUUGCGGCUUACGCUUAUACUGGUAUUGGUUCGAGUAUGUUACGAAACUUAAAGGACGCAGUUUUAUCUGCUGAGUCAGUAUUUGGCGACGUAUUUAAGAACGUUAUAACUGUUGCUGAAAAGUUUAAAUCUCUACAUGAAGUCUUCGACGCUGCCGUUGAAGAGGACUGCAUCUUCUCUUGCCCUGGAGGACAAAAACCAGUGCGAAAUAAAAACCAUAUUCCGAAAUCUGAUGGCUGCGGUUCGCUCGGCUUUGAAAUAUCUUCAGAUUAUUUACCAUUGGACCAGAUGACGAAAUGUUGUGAUGCACACGACAUAUGUUAUGACACUUGUAAUAGUGGAAAAGAAGUUUGUGAUUUAGAGUUUAAGAAGUGUUUGUAUAAUUACUGUGAUACAUAUAAAAAUGUCAAUGUUGCAGGGAAUGCAAUUACAAAAGGUUGUAAAGGUGCAGCCAAACUUCUCUUCACUGGCACUUUAACACUUGGCUGCAAAUCAUAUUUAGAUGCACAAACAAAUGCGUGUUACUGUCCAUCUUCGAAAAAUAAAUAUAAAAAAUAUGCCACUGGUAAAGAUGAACUUUAAUUGUAAGAGCAUACAUCAGUACCGUCAUAAUUAUUUUAUUUGUUUUUAUCCAAACAGACGAGGAUUUUUGUUAUGUAUUAAUGUGUAAUUUUUUUUAUCAAUAUCUUGAUAAAAUAAGUAAGAUCAUCAAAUAUGAAUUAAAAAACUUUGCAACAAUUGAUGUACUAAGAAUUACCAAAAAGUAAAUAAAUAAUAAAAAUAAAAUAAUA